AUGCAAAUGCAAGCCAUGAAUCAAUUCAACAAUCGGGGUUUUGGUGGUCCACCGCAACCACAAAGACAGGGUCGUCGUGGUCAUAAUCGCGGAGGCUUUCGCAAUACGAGAUUUGAUCACAACAUGCACAAUGCGCAAAGGAAUAUGAAUCACGGUCAAGGAGGUCAACGGCCUAAUGAGGUUAAACCAGCUCAACCUGCUGAGAAACCUCAACAACAAAACCAGGCUCAAGUUAAGGCCCAACCACCUCAACAACAACAACAACAGCCGCAACAGCAGCCUAAACCUGAAGUUCAGCAGGCACCACCUCAGGCCCAGCCACCCAAGCAACAGACUCCUCAGCAGCCUCAAGCAAAACCUCAGCAGCAACCCCAGCAGCAGCAACAACAACAGAAGCCUGCUCAGCCUGCCCCUGUUGCUCAACCUAAAAAUGAUUCACAGGAUCAUGUGGAUAAGUCUGUGAAUGUAGAGCAAAAGCCACAAAAUCAACACAAUAAUCAAAAUCAACAGCAAAGGAACCUUAAUGGCAACUUUGGAGGUAACAAGCAACAGGGUGGUUGGGGAGGCCAAGGUGGACAAGGCAACAAACAGGGUGGCAACUUUGGACAAGGCAAUAAACCAUUUGGUGGUCCUAAACAAGGUGGUCCUGGUGGACCUCCUCGCAAUCAACGUCAAAAUAAUAUGCGAGGACCUCAGCAGGAUGGAGGAAAACCAGUGCAAAGGGAGGAACACAUGUUGGCAAAUAAACUUAAAGAUUUGAUGGGUCCCUUGAUUGAUCUGCCUCCAAUUGAUCAAACCGAAAUGAAGUUUAAUGGUAGAAGUCGGUUGUACAUUGGUAAUCUCACUGGUGAUGUCACUGAAGAUGAAAUUACUAGUUUGUUUUCUCCCUUUGGUGAAACAGCUGAGCUAUUUCUUAAUAAAGAAAAGAACUUUGGAUUCAUUAAAAUGGACUACAGGGUCAAUGCCGAGAGGGCAAAGAGGGAAUUAGAUGGCAAAAUGAGAAAUGGAAGAACACUGAGAGUAAGAUUUGCUCCUCAUAACAGUGCUGUCAGGGUGAAAAAUCUCCCACCAUUUGUAUCAAAUGAGCUUUUGUACCGUGCAUUUGAGAUAUUUGGAAAAAUUGAGAGGGCAUAUGUACGAGUAGAUGAAAGAGGGAAGACACUUGGUGAAGGAGUAGUAGAAUUUGCACGUAAACCUAGUGCUUUAGCUGCCAUCCGCAAUUGCACUGAGAAAUGUUUCUUCCUGACUUCAUCUCUGCGUCCCGUUAUAGUGGAAAGCUUUGAGGAGCCUGACGAGUUUGAUGGCUACCCAGAAAAGAACCUGCCUAAAAAGCACCCUGAAUUUCUACGGGCCCGUGAGCUUGGUCCAAGGUUCUCUGAGCCCAGCAGCUUUGAACACGAGUAUGGUACAAGGUGGAAGCAGUUGCACGAGCUUCAUCGCCAAAAAGAGGAGGCACUAAAAAAGGAAUUAGCUGCAGAAGAAGAGAAAUUAGAAGCUCAGAUGGAGUAUGCAAAAUACGAGCACGAGACGGAGUUGCUCCGCGAGCAGUUGCGGCAGCGCGAACAGGACCGCGAGCGACAGAAGCGCAGCUGGGAGCUGGCCGAGCGCGCCGCCGACGAGCGCCGCGACGCCGAGCGCCUGCAGCUGCUGCGCCAGGAGGAGGAGCUCGCGCAGCGCAUGCGCCAGCAGGACGACGAGCUGCGCCGCCGACAACAGGAGAACACACUUUUCGUGCAGGCACAACGUCUGAACUCAAUGCUGGAUCGCCAAGAGCAAGGCAUGUUUGACCAGCAGCAGCCAAUGGAUGGAGGCUACAGAGACCAGUACGACAUGCCCCGUGGGAGUUAUGAUGACAUGCCGCCAAAUCGCGGUUGGGAAGGACCGCGCCAAAUGGACGAUUACCCUAACAAACGUCGCCGUUUUUAA